CUUCCGCCUCCUCUUUAGCUUCCCGCUGAGGCGAGAACGAGAGAAAGCGAAAGUCGCCUCAGCCUCAGCCGCCGCUUUCUCCGGCUCGCUCUCCGUAUUCCUCGCCUUUCUCCCUCUCUCUUCGCUCGCUCGCCGGCGGCUGGGCCUCAUGGAGGCGCUUCUCCUCGCCCUGCUCCUCGCCCUUGUGCCGCUGCCGGGACGCGCCUCUGACGUGCUCGAGCUCAGCGAUGAGGACUUCGACAGCGGCCUGGCCGACCGCAGCGUCGCCCUCGUCGAGUUCUACGCCCCAUGGUGUGGACACUGUAAACGCCUUGCUCCUGAGUAUGAAUCUGCUGCCACCAGGCUAAAGGGAAUAGUGCCACUUGUGAAGGUUGACUGUACAGCAAACUCAAACACCUGCAACAAGUAUGGAGUGAGUGGCUAUCCAACUCUCAAGAUCUUCAGGAACGGGGAGGAGUCUGGUACCUAUGAUGGUCCAAGAACAGCUGAUGGAAUUGUGAGCCACCUGAAGAAACAGGCUGGGCCAGCCUCAGUUGCUCUCCGCUCUGAUACUUUUGAAAAAUUCAUCAGUGAAAAGGAUCCUGCUGUGGUGGGUUUCUUCAAGGAGUUGUUUGGUGAUGCACAUUCAGAGUACAUGAAAGCAGCGAGCAACUUGAGAGACCAUUACCGCUUUGGGCACACAAGUGAUGAGGAUCUAGUUAAGAAAUAUGAGCCAGAUGGCGAAGGCAUUAUCCUGUUCCGUCCCCCACACCUGGAAAACAAGUUUGAGGACAACACUGUGCGAUACACAGAGGACAAGAUCACAACUGGCAAGAUCAAGAAGUUCCUUCAGGAGAACAUCUUUGGCAUCUGCCCACACAUGACGGAAGACAACAAAGAGCUGAUCCAAGGCAAGGACCUGCUGGUGGCUUAUUAUGACGUAGAUUAUGAAAAGAAUCCCAAGGGGUCCAACUACUGGCGCAACAGAGUGAUGAAGGUAGCCCGGAGUUUCCUGGAUGCUGGACACAAACUCAACUUUGCUGUUGCUAGUCGGAAGACCUUCGGUCAUGAGCUCUCAGAGUUUGGAUUGGAUGGCUCUACCACCGAUGUUCCUCUUGUUGCCAUCAGGACAGCUAAGGGAGAGAAAUUUGUCAUGCAGGAGGAAUUCUCCCGUGAUGGGAAGGCCCUGGAGAGAUUCCUCCAGGAUUAUUUUGAUGGAAACCUGAAGAAAUACCUGAAAUCUGAGCCCAUCCCAGAGAACAAUGAUGGGCCUGUGAAGGUGGUUGUGGCUGAGAACUUUGAUGAAAUCGUGAAUGCUGAGGGCAAGGAUGUGCUUGUGGAGUUCUAUGCACCUUGGUGUGGCCACUGCAAGAACCUGGAACCCAAAUACAAGGAGCUUGGAGAGAAGCUCAGCAAAGAUCCCAACAUUAUUAUAGCCAAGAUGGAUGCUACAGCCAAUGAUGUGCCUUCUCCCUACGAAGUGCGAGGCUUCCCCACAAUUUAUUUUUCGCCUGCGGGGAGCAAGCAAAGUCCAAAGAAAUAUGAGGGGGGGCGUGAGGUGAAUGACUUUGUCAGCUACCUGAAGCGGGAGGCCACUUACCCACCCAUUCUACAGGAGGAUGAAAAACCCAAGAAGAAGAAGAAGGCGCCCAAGGAGGAUCUGUGAGCGGGGAGGGGGGCUUGGAGUCAUCAUCGCCCUUGUCUGCAGAAGAGCCCAUGGCCACUCCUGGAGGUGGGGCCCUGUGGGGCAGUCUAAGCUGUUGGAAAGUGAAGCCACAUUGAGCAGAGGGGACCCAGCUGCUGCUGCUGUUCUGUUUAAUUUCCUGCCCCCUCAUCUCUUAACUGCACUGGCCUUGAAUGCCCUGGACUGGCUGAUAUUUGUGGGUGGGGAGGGGGAGGGUUUGUUUUCUAAUUUUUUGUACAUUUGAAGAAGUGAAUCAAUAAAUGACCCCCUUAGGCCCCAAA